GCUACCUGGCUUCGUCGCAGAAAUUAGUUUUGUGAAUUUUAUUCAAGAUUUCAGGGGAAAAUAGAAGGAUAUAAAAAAAGACACACGAUGAAGCUGUCAGCUGAGGAAGCGUAUGAAAUACUUGAGCUUCCAUAUGGCACAGAUGGUGAUUCAGUUCGCUCAAACUACAAAAGACUUGCCUUGUUGUGGCAUCCAGACAAACACCAGAAUUCACCUGAUGCAACAAAAAAAUUCCAGUUGAUCAGCGCAGCGUAUAAAAGACUAACAAGUGAACAGUAUGAAGAAAGUGACGAGGAUGAGAUUGUCAUGAGCAUGUCGGACAUGUUUGACCUCUUCCAACAAAUUUUCUUCGCAAAAGCUAUGGCCAACGCUUAUAACGGUUACGACAUAGAGGACGAUGACGAUGAUGAUGAUGACUAUGAUGAUGACGACGACGACGAUGAUGACGACAUACAUGUUGACUAUGUUAAAAUGUUAACGGGGCAGAUGAAGCUAAAACAAGAUUAUAGAAAACCAAGACCAGAUUUAGGACAAAUGAAUAAACGCCUCACUCCAGAGGAGAUAAAGAAAAAUGCAGAAGAACUUGUCGAGGAAGAAGAAAAAGAAAAACGAAAAGCAGAGAAACGACGGGCGAAGAAAAAACGCAGACGGGAGAAGAAAAAAUUAGAAAAGAUCGCGGCCGAUCAAGAAAAAAAGGACGAUUUGAAAUCAAAUUCACAGAAAAAGGACCAAUCAAAUGAUAAGGAAAGAGGAAAGGGUGGUUUAAAAAAAUCAAAUAAAAAUAAAAAAGAUAAAACGGGGUCUGCUGAGGAAGCGGACUUUGACCCGAGUGCUGCGUUCUUUACAAAAGUAGUCAAUAAAAAGAAAAAGGGGGUCGAGGUGCUGCCGACGGGCAGUAAAAAAGAUAAAAAAGAUAAACAACAAAAUUCGUCACAAAGUUUACAAGGUUCGUCGAAAAACGUAGACGACGCUGAAGACUUGGAUCCAUUAGUUCUACGAAGUAGACAGCUAGCGAUUCGAGGGAACGAGAUGGCGAACCUUGGCCAUUACAAUGAAGCAAUAGAUCUUUUCACGGAGGCAAUCAAGUUGGAUGGGAGUGAUUUUCGGUUCUUUGGAAAUCGAUCGUACUGUUACGAUAGGGUGUUACAAUAUGAAAAAGCCUUGCGUGAUGCGGAAAAAGCCAUAAGUUUAUCACCUGAUUGGCCAAAAGGACAUUUUAGAAAAGGUCGAGCUUUUGCUGGAUUAAAAUUAUAUGCAGAUGCUGAGCAGGCGUUCAUGCAAGUAUUAAAAUUAGAUAGAAACUGUGAAGAUGCGAUGCAGGAGUUGAUACGAGUUAGAACUCAUAAACUUACGGAAAUGGGGUUUUCACAAAAACAGGCCGAGUCAGCUAUACGACAGUACGGCACUGUCCAGGCAGCACUGGAUUCCUUGUUGGCUGGCGUCGCGGAAAAUUCUUUACAAGCAGAUGCGUUUCUGUCGGACGAUGACGAUUUUAAUGAACCAACUCCUUCACCAAUCUUACAACACCAACACCUUCAUCCAAUACCGGCCGCGGGAACAUCAGAUACAAAAAUGGACCCAGGAAACCCUGAGGGCUUGACAGCUUUGUGGGUGGGAAAUGUUUUACCCGAGGUUUCAGAAAAGAAGCUGACACAAAUGUUCGCAAAAUUUGGCGCUGUGACUAGCGUCCGUUGUCUACCAGAAAAAUACUGUGCAUUCGUAAAUUUUAAAUCUAAAGAAUCGGCUGGCAGAGCAAUGCAUACCUUACAGGGCAUGGAAUGUGCUGGUCAGAGAUUGUUGGUAAAAUUUCCAGAUAAUCCCAUACAAAAUGGCAACGUGGUGAUAAAAAAGGGCUCGACGUCGUCAUCAUCCAACGCUUCAGUCACCGUCAUUACAAAACAAAAACCAGCUCCAGUCGUGGCCAAACCAGUCGUGGUCCAGCCACCCCCGCCACAGCCUCCACAGGUCCAGCCAGUCUCCGUUGCUGCUGCUGCCGCUGCUGCUGCUGCCGCCGCUAACAGUGGGGUACGGAAUACUCCGAAACAAACGGGCCCGGUGAAUGGGGACGAAUGUUAUUUUUGGCGGACGACCGGCUGCAACUAUGGAGAUAAGUGCCACUACAAACACUUACCGACACACAAGGGUAUCGACAGAAAACCAUGGCAAGCGGUGAAAUGAUUGAAGAAAAUGGAGAUGUCAAGUUAUAUGAAAUUUACAAAGAUAUUGAAGACUGUUCCGUGUGUAGAAAUGUUCUGUGUAUGAGGUUACUUUGAAGAUUUGUUUCUUGGUUUAUCGGGAUGAGGUCGCUGGAAAGUUAAAAAGAAUGUAAAUAGAAAUAGGCUGAUUUUGGAAAAAAUCAUGUUAGUAUUAAAUGAAGACAAGUACCAUACUGUAAAUCCGUCAUUGUUCGCAGGCCUUUUCUUUUUUAAAUAGAGAUCAUCGCAGAAUAUAUAGUCAAAAAGAAAAUCUAAAUUAAAUAGCUGUUGCAUUAUAUAUAAUGCAAGCGUUGUCAAAACACUAAAGGGAAACCAAAGGUGCAAUUUCUCAAAAUUGCUAAUUGUAAAGAUGGCUGCAGAUAUAUAACGGGUUGACAGAUAACUUGGUUUGGUCCAGAUUGUCAGAUAAAGGUUACCGGUACUUGUGAAGUUUCUGCAAAAAUGGCCUCGACAAAGUGAAAAAUGUUUUAAAAUUGAAAAUAUACGGUUCGUUCCGUAACACUUUAGCAACCGCACCCGGUAUAUACCGGGUCCAUGCACCGCGUACUGCUGGCCUCAAAUGGCCUCAACAAAGUGAAAAAUGUUUUGUAUUGAAAAUAUACGGUUCGUUCCGUAACACUUUAGCAACCGCACCCGGUAUAUACCGGGUCCAUGCACCGCGUACUGCUGGCCCGCAGUAAUCCAUACUGCUAAAUUUUCCCCAAGUUCUAUUGUUCAUCCACAGUCCCUGUAACUUUUUGGUUGGUCACACCUGAAAAAAUAGAUGGCAGCACUGCACUCAAUUCAAUGCAGACCUCGUCCCUAAGAUUCGGUAAUGCUAGCCGUUUUACAAUGAAACUUUUCCUAUCCAUACCGGUUGCGGGCCAGGGGUACAGAACACUUCAAAAAACCUGCGGGAAAUUGUGAAUCUUUAACCUUUGGAAAGUGGAUUUUAGUGUAGAUCUGUCAAAGUAGCAGAAAUCCCCACAACUCAAUGUCACUCAUUCCAUAAACCAAGAAAUAAAAAAAACGAAACGCCUCAUGGCAUUGUGGACUACACUCUGAGUUCUUGGUUGUACAAAGAUAGACUGUAAUUAUCAAUCUCUUCUGAACGAUUGAGUAUGGUACUAUAAAGGUCCGAUUCCACUGGAGCAGUUUCCCAACGUGGUUUCCACCACAACUAAACUUGGUGCCUGCCGUUACCUUAAAAUGACUAGCAAAUGCUAUUGGCAUCUUUUGGAUAAUAAUUUUGUUUACCUUCAAGUGUGCUGGUAGAGAUUUGAAUCCUGUAAACUGCUGCAAAUUUUUCUGCGCAUUCUAUUUCCGCGGAUUUUGCGAAUAACCUCUAUUCGCGAAAAUGAAAAACACGAUUUUCGUUUUGUACAAAAAACACAAGAAUUUCGCGAAAAUGAAAAUCAUGAAAAUUAUACUUCUCAGAAAUGUUUGCGAUAUUAAACGUUAACAAGGUGUAAAAAUGUAGCGAUUUACAGAAUCCAGAUAAGCCCUGGAACCAAAUAUGGCUUUGCCUCUGUGACACCUAUAGGAGUAAACUGCUCUCAUGAAAUUAGCCCUAAGGGAAUGGAGCAUUAUUUUUCGAUGGAAUCGGGCUAUCAUAUGUCUCAAUAUAUUUUGGGUAGUUGUACUGGUAGGCAGCUUUUGGGAAGGAAUACCGGCAAUUUUGAGAAGCGCGAGAUUCAAAGUUUCUCCUUAUUGCCAGAACAUGGUAGCUGUUUUGCUUGUGUGUACUUAUAGAUCUUGAAAAGUGCUGAUGUCGUUUUGGACCUUUGAAGAUCAUUGGUCGAUGUAUAAAAUAUACGUUUAUAAGCCUGACGACUCAUGUCAUGUGAUUGCAUCACGGUUGUUAAUCCACAAUUGUUGCAGGAUUUUUAGGCCUGAUGGUUAAGAUCUUCACUGUUGGACAACGGCAGUGUAAAUGUGCUGUAGGCUUGGCUGUGAGAUAUUUUCCAUUUUCAACAGCUGGGAUGCAGUGAACAAUUUGUCAACCUUUGCCGAACUAAGGCCACAAAACAUAAAUAAAGUGGUCUUAUCUCCUAGGCUAUAAAAAGAUAUCAGUUUAUCUCUCUUUUCAACUAAAGAAUUUGAUGCGGGAGGGCAAAAUACCAAUUUUGGCACAAAAUUGAUAGGACAGUGUCGUCGGCUGACCUCUAUGUCUGAGUGACUUUCAUCAUUCACAUAAAAUGCACGACUGUUGAUAAAAUUAGCCAUAACUGACAUGGAUGGUGUCAAUAGAACGGAACUUUCAUCAGGAAAGCUAAGAAAAUAAGCCAUUCUAAUUUGUACAAGCUGCCAAUUUGGUGAUUAUAUUUGAAAGUUAAAAAACGAAGUAAAAUGAAAAAGUCAUAGAGGUAGCCAUGAUAAACUUAACAUUUUUCUGUGUGACCUAAAACAAACGUAUCGUGAAACCUACACUGCCUUGAAACAGUUGUGAAUUGACAACAGUGAUGAAUAGGUAGGUAACUAUGAAUUGAAUUUCAGUCAUUUCCCCAGUCAAAGUUGAUACUUGAAUACGAACUACAAAGAAAGUGCUGCAACUCGAUAACAUCAAAGUGGAGAAAAAAAUAUCAAGCAAUUUGUCAAUAAGUGACUUAAUAGAAGACCAAACAGAAACCCUGUCAAUGGCACUUUAAAAUUGGACAAUGCCUAAGUCUGCUUCUAAAUCUGUCACAAAAUAAUAUCUAACCAUCUAUGAGGACAGGUAUCUACCAUCUACGUCUUUAAAUAAUACAUCGUUCAGCAAAUACAUUAAUUUUCAAAUCCGCCACAGCACAGAAGCAUGGGGCCUUGUGUUGGUUAAAAGUCCAGGAGAAAAAGCUUUUGUUGAAUUUUUUUAGAUUAAUAGAUGGUGCUUAUUUCCUUAUUUGCUGCAAUUCUACAUACCUGAAGUGCUGAGGCAGUGCCAAAAAUGUCAUAUGCAUUGGUGAAGGCUUCCUUAAAUUUAAUAUAGUAAUUGUUCGGACAGAAUUCUUUGGACUGGAAGUUACUGGUUAAACUUGCACUUGCUGCCAUCUGUGAAAAAUCAUAUCUUCUUGAGUCUUUUCAGUUUCAGUGUGAAAGGCUUUUAAAAAAUUUCAGAUUGUGAUGGGGACUUGAGGCAGGAGUUGGGGGAUCAAAUUGGUAAGUCUUCAGGUGACUAUGCAUAGUAACUAGUCUUAGUCAUGUUCGAAUUUAGCAAUAAAUGCAAUGUAUUGAGAGAUGGAAGAGACCUUUAUCCGUAAUAUAACUGUAUAACAUAUCUGACCUACCUGGCCCCUGCCUAGAGACUCACUUGGAGACCAUUUUGCCUCCUAAUAGCUGACAUCUUAAAACCUAUGCUGCAUUCAGAUUGGAACAUGAAUCAUUUUCAUAUAUUGAGGGAUAUUAUCGCGUUGAGGAUGAAUUGGGAUCCACUAGGAUGAGAUCAGGUCUUUUUUUCAGUUGCGGAACUUUAAUCAAAAGUUCUCAUACACCUUUGUGAGAUUACUUAAAAGCCUUUGGCAGAAAUCCUUUGUGGUGCAAGAAAAAUUUCUGGCCUGAACUUGCAUGCAUAAUGAUAUGCCAACUUACUGCCUUGAAACAUAUCAUUGUUAAUCAAGACAAAAUGAUAAUGAUGCAAGGGACAAUGUAUCUUGUUGCCACGGACAAACCUUUUCAGAUUUUUGACCGCAAAGGCGUGCAAGCAUGUUCUGAACACAGUAUUCCUCUGGUUGAAGUAUUGUGGGUAGAAAGUUCUGAGUAACUUUAUAGGUGCGUGUCACUAUAAAACUGAUCACUUGCGAUUCCAUUUCCAUUGCUUGUUGACAGAAAGGAUAAAACUAAUGAGAAUGUCGAGUAAGCUCAACGAAAGUUCAUAUUGCAUGGGUUGUGUGUGGUGCAUCAAGGGCGAACACGAAAUAGAGAAAAACUGCACAAGCAAACAGACUAUGGAUACGCAGCCUUCAGGGUAUAAGUCAAGUUUGUUUAUUAUAGCAUCACCCCUAAUGAAAGGGCCAGCCAGCUUUUGGCUUAUGAGACACUCGUUACUUCCCAACUCCUGUCUCUAAUGCCAGGCGUCUGGCGGGAAGGCAGUUUGUACCCUAUAUUUAACUAGCUGGCGGCUAACCAACCAGCCGCAUCGGAAAGAGGUUACCAUCGGGCUUCGAACCUUCGACCUUUCAUUCACGAGGCAGACGCCUUAACCACUAGGCCAUCGAGAUCGGUAUUAAUUGUGACAUCACUUCGAAGAUCAACUGUCGCAUUUAUGACUUAGUAUUGGUCGGUGAAAGCCAUUAAGAGCCACAACAGGUUUUUUCGGCACUGAACGGCCACCUUUGGCUGGUACGAUGUCAACCAUUGAGUGGCAAUGGUGCUCUUGCGGAACUUUAAAUCGACAAUACUGAUGCAUGAAAGAAUGAUCUUUCUCUCGUCGACUGCUGCCUUCUUUCAAGCAUCAAGGAAUACCUGGUUCAUGUUUUCUAUCAUUUGGAGAUGACUUGUAUAUCUCUUUAUCCAGUGAUACAUGUAUAAACUCUUCUUUUCAUUUCUUUCUUGUGAUCACAGAAAUACUCCUGUUUUAUUCAUUAAGUUUACCAUUAAUUUUCAGUCUGAAACUUUUCAUAUCAGUUCGAUGCACCAGCAGUGGUAAUAACUGUGGUCUUUUCUUGGAUGAUUUCAUUCUGCUCAAUUUUGUAUUUAAUAGCGCGCCAUGUUUCCUAGGAUGAUUCAGUCAUAGACAGCUUCAUAAUUUUAGGGGGGUUCUAUUUUGUGAUAUUACUAGUGAUGCUAUAAAUUUGUUGCUGUGGAGACAAGGUAAUUAUUAUUCAAGCUUGAUACUAGUUUGGCAAGAGACACUGGUUUUCUGUUAGCUGCUCUGAACAGUGUGAACCCCAUUAUUUUAACUUCUUCAUUAGUCCGUCAUUUGUGAACUGAUUACAUUGUAUUAUCAUAAGUGUGAGCAUUUUAGCUGGAUGGUAACUUGAUUUACCUCUAAUCAAGCUGUUUUGAUAUACAAUUUAGCCCAAGAAAAUCAUGGGUCUAGCCUACAGAAUUUGGAAGCGAUGGCUUUUAGCGAAAAAUGUCAUUGCCUCAGUUCUUGGUUAAAUUUGCUAUCAUGCUCAGACUUAGCCUAUCGAAUUUGGGAUAUUGAAGCGAUGUUUGAACGGAAAAUGUAAUUACCUUAGUUCUUGGUUGUUUAAAUUUUACUUUGUUGCCCUGUAUAUAAUCCUCUGGGUCCAGGUUGAACAAAAAUUGGUGAAUUGUAUUUGAUAACGGUGAUGACAGUAUUUAUCAUAAGGUAAUCUGCCUGAUGGCUUACUAUGUAUAAUUCAAUUGUAAUACUUAACAUAGUGAGAAUACAUUGUAUUUUCCUGGCCUUCAAAAAUGUCCAUAAACAUGUGUAGAUGUACAACCAAUGAAAAAAAAAAAUUUGAUCUUCUAGUAAUAGGGCAUGUCUUGAAACUUGUCAUCCUAGUCUUGGUCACCGAUUAAAACUCCUAUGUGUAUAGUUUUAGUCUUGAUCGACUUUACAAUAAAUCCUUAAAAAAACUUCAACCCCUGAGCUCCAGCAUUAAGAGGUGACAUACACCGUCUAAUUCCAAAACCAAAAGGCUUGCUGUUGUGCUCAAGAAGUCGUUGUCCAGCUCAGGCCUGCCAUGCCGCCAUAGCGGCCACUGUGUGGGGCUCAUAGUCAUAUUAGUUUGACUAAGAAGUACAGUCAAGCCUCUCUAUUUUAAAUGACACUCUCGGGAUGGGUCAGUGCUGUCCUUAAUUGAGAGGUGUCCUGAUUAGAUAGGUCAUAUUGAAAUGAAACAACCAAUUUGGGACCAAAAUUAGUGUCCUUAAUAUGGAGGUGUUUGCUAAGGUAGGUGCCACUGUGUGUCACCAGCACUCUUUUUGCAGAGAUAAUGUAGAAUCAUGAUAUUUUUGCAGUAGAUCUAUCAACAUUUAUUAUAUUAUUAUGAACCACAAUAAAUCUAUGCCUAACAAUGCCAGAUACAUGAGAUAUGUUCAUCCAAAAGCAGAAUAUUUUUCUGGGGGCCCCAACCAACGGUUUCCAUUCAAACACAGAAUUGUUUCAUUCGUUCAUGACAUCCUUCGUGCUAAACUAAUCACACUUGUCACAUUUGCAGUUUUCUCAUCAACUAUAAAAUGGAAGGGGUGACUGGCUAUAACAUAAUAUCAACCAGCUGUCACCUCUUCUACUCCCCUGAGUAAAUGCUUAAGUAGUAAAUGUGAUUAGUUAGGCACACUGGUAAGCAAAAUCCCGUACAGAGAAGGAGUUAUUCAGCUUUGAAUGAGGACCGUGCUACCGCAGGGGACUUUGAUCCAACUGCAUCUGAACGUGCAGAAAUAGAACAGUCUAGUCUCUAUUUGUAAUCUUUCUUCAUUUCAUGUUAUAACAAAAAUUAUAUAGGCGAGCCGCCUUAUAUGUACCAUUGGUAAUAAAUAAGAGGCUUGUAAUGAAUGAAUUGUACAAAUGUAUAGUUUUUUAUACCUUGUCCGUUGUAUAAUUAAUGCAACAUUGGGAAGAACAAUCUUUAUGGUUUAAUCAGCAUAUAAUAGUUCCUCUGCUCUCUCUCUCUUGGUGGAAGUUUCUUCUAAGAUGAGCUUUUGAAAUAUCGUGUCGUCGAUCAUGUGAGGUUUUAAUUUCAUCACUAAGACACUGUUAGUAUUUGCAUAGGUUUGUAUCAACCUGUUUUAUAGUAGACUUAAAGAAGGGGUGUCUCGGGAUAUUGCUGCUCGCCUGAUACUAACAAAGUUCAAACCAUGUUUACAGUGUACAAUGGAUGGUUCUGUGACAUAUCAGAACAAGUAUGAAAUGUUCUACAGGGUGGCCCAGAAUGAUUUUCCCUUGCACAAUGGAAUUCUCUUGUGUAUCCAUUGUGUGAGGGAAAAUGAUUCUGGGCCACCCUGUAGAAACUAUUUGUGCAUACAUGUAUGUUUAGGUGUAUAUCUGCCACCAAAAGAACUCUGUAGACUCGGUUAUUGCCCACCCUGUUUUAUCUCGAGACACUCUUCCUUUAAGUAGGGCACACAUUAGUGACAAAAGCCAGGGCGACAAUUGGUGGGACUGAAAAAAUCUCAUCCGACUAUUUUACUUUACUCUGUUUGAACAAUCAACUUUGGUGAUUGUCUGUCUUUCCAGCUGUUGCAUUUGAUUCAGUCGUUGUGUGCUCUGAUUAAGUGUUUGUGCCCAAAACAGUGUUGAGGUGAUGAUAGGCCUUUGUGCAGUAAAGACAUAUGUUAAAUGGUGGUUUCUGACUGAUCACGUGUUGUCAAAACAAGGUUUCAUCAUUGUAGAUGUAACACUGAAUGGUAUUCCUCUGCAAGAGGGCAGCCCCUGACAGGGUCGAGCAACUUGACGCGUUGUGCACUUCACUCGAGACCUCUGAUGAAUAAAAGCAAAAAAAGUCUGAUUGUUUCCAGUGUUGUGAUGGAAUGAGUUUAUGACAUCAUGAUCCAUCGACCACUCAAAUCAUUUCAUUUAUUGUAUUUUGUAUCAGCAUGCGGGUACAGGACAUCAUGUCUUUUAACCUGUUCAGGUGCUGCACUCAUCAGUUCUAACUGAGGAAUGCAGUCUGUUACCCUGUUCUAACAUUUACGUAUCUUUCAUCGAUACAAAUAGCCAUUAUAUGCAUUCUUGUUAUUUCAAACAAAGUAAUUAUCAACAUAUAAAACCUAUUUGAUUCAAUAAAACUGAAAAGACUGAAUAUUAAUAUUCGAAUAAACUUCAUUAGAUGCAUUAUCUGCAAA